AUGGACUCGAUAACUGUGUUCGAUAGCCUCCUCGUCAAGGAUCAUGUCACGCAUGCUUUGGUUCAGGAUGAGGAACAGUACAACGAGGUUCCUAUGAGAGCCUACAUGGAUUAUUUCAGCACGCAACAUGCUCAUCUCAAGGGAAAUCACAGAGCCCUUGUCGAGUCUCAGUUUUGUGGCUUUACGCCGCUCGUUUGUGGGCUCUUCAGCGGCUUCGGUCAAGCCAUGAUCACUCUAGGCGACGCCAUGGAAGCUCGCAAUUCCAUUAUGGUUGUCCAGUCUUUUGUCUUGUCGUCUGUGGGAUAUUCUGCACUCAUCUCCGACAUUCUGACUGACAAACGGUUUGAAAGACCGAGCACGACUGCGUCCAGCCCCAGCAUCAUCUUGAGCCGAGCGGCGCACGAUGGGAGGUUCAGCCUCAAUCGGUCUGGCCCAGGAUUCCGGCAUGCCCACGUUAUUCUUUCUAGCCCUCCUGCGAGAGAGGCUAUUGCCGAUUAUGUUCACCAGCUAGAUCUGAGCAAUGUGGCCCGGCUCCUGGACAACAUGUCGCGCCUGUCUGUCCUCAUGCUCUGUGGUACCCACAAAAAGGGCUCUCCGGCGUUCGACCUGUACCUCAGUCGUACCGUGAGUCUGGUCAAUAGCCUCCGUGUGUUGAUCCACGAAUGCCCUAGUCAGCAACUUGAUCUGCUCAUCAGAGGCACAUGGUUCCUCCUCGUUCUAUCCUACAUCACUCAGCUCCGCCCUCGUCUGGACGAGUCUCUUAUCUGGUCCUUUUCUACAAAAAUAGGGAAAGCCUCCUGGGAAGAUCUUUUGCGACCUUUGCAUUUGAAUGCAGACGCACUACAAGGCAAACAUCACGACCCUCACUUCCUUCGAGCGCUGCGGAGCCUUCGUGCAUUGAGUCUGUCCGGGAAGACGGACGACCCACUGUACCUUCAUGCCGCUCAGAAACUCGAUAGCGAAUGGCAAGGCUGGACUGGACUGGGAAAGGCACAAGAGGCGUCUCUCAAUAUCCGUCUCUGA